AUGUCGUCUUUAGCAGCCCCAGUCCGACUCACGGCAGCCUCUAUCAGCCCUGCACAACCCUUGGCGCCCUCCGUCACCAACACAACAGCCACAGCAUCUGCUCCAGCAAGCAGCUCCCACUCUAGCCAGACCAGCAGUUCGUCAAGAUCGGCCACCCUCUUCUCGUCCCUCCUCUCCGCCACCUGGGCCAAACCACACCCAAAGCCAUCCAGCACCCCCUCCGUCGCCUCCUCAUCAGUCUCUGUCUCGGUGACCACCUCGCCACCUCCGCAUCACCGCGCAGCCUCAGCUAUAUCCACCACCACCACCAGCGUCAACAGCCCUACCAGUCUCCGCCCCCGCAGCACCACCACCCAGGCCAGCAUUACCCCCUCAAGCAACACCCUCCCUAGCUCCUCUCAUCUGCAUCAAUCCCAUCCCUUAGCACCAGCACCAGCAUCAGCAUCGGCCCCCGCACCAGCGCAAGCAACCCCCGUCCCAGCGUUAUCAACCCAGCGCGAGAUAGACCAAGCCCGCUCCGCCGUGCUAGCAUCGAUAGGUAACCUCCUGGACAGGGAACUCACGACCCGCGCCGCCCAGCUGCACGCCAACAACGCGGCGAUCGAGAGGCAGGAGCGGGACGUGGCGCGCGCGACGGAUGCGCUGAGAAAGGAGAACGACAAACUCGGAAAACUAGCAGAGGUGCACUCGAGAAAGGUGAAGGAGAUCGGUAAUGUGCAGAACUGGGCGGAGAUGUUGGAGCGGGAGUUUGUCAUUUUGGAGGAGACGUUGAGGUUGGUUGAGCAGGGGGAUUCUGAUGGGAGUGAGGACGAAGGGAGUUGGAGUGGGAGUGGGAGUGAUGAGGGUGAGGACGAAGAUGUGCUGGAUGGCGGAGAGGAGGGGAUUGUGGUUGUAGAAGGGAGGGUUGAGUAA